ACUAAAUAUUGUUUUAUAUUUAAUAUCUACCGAAAAAAAAUUCAAUUUGAAACCUAUACCUAAAAGGGUUGAUUAGUUAUGUUGUGGACAUACAGUCAGGCGGACGUCCAGAAGAUGCUAUUCAACGUAUGGUCAUACCUACGGGUGGUGACAAUCAUCAUCCAUAACCUAUACGUCAUACCCAUCUACCUGUUCAUAAAUUGGACACUACUGGUUCCUCUCUAUUAUCUCAAUAUUCACAAGUAUAUGAUUGUUGAGAACUAUCUCUACAAUUGGUGUCUAUAUGUUGUCAGCUCCUGGAGCUAUGGCGCUGGUCUAGCCAUACAUGAGUUUGGCGAUGACUUGUAUCGUCUUAAAGAGGAAAAGUCACGUUUACUGGUGAUCGCCAACCAUCAGUCAACGGCCGACGUGCCGCUAAUAAUGCAAUCAUUCACAUCCCGGAGCCAACGGAUACUGUUAUGGAUAAUGGAUGUGGCAUUCAAAUGGACCAACUUUGGUGUCGUUUCCAUAACCCAUGGCGACUAUUUUCUGAACACAAAAAGCUAUCAAACGGGAGACAUAUACCGACACACAAUCACUAAAUACAGUCAAUUCAAAGAUCUCAUUAUCUUAUUUCCAGAAGGUGGUUUUCGUUAUAAGCGUUUGAAUUCAUCGAACAAAUACGCGGAAAAACAUAAUUAUCCGCUACUAUCGCACGUCACAUAUCCCCGAUUUGGCGCCUAUAGCGAGCUCAUGGAGUCAGAUGUUGGUGUCACUCAUGUAGUUGAUCUAACCAUAGGCUACGAAGAUCUACAAAAUCCGCAGACAAUACUUGAUAUCGCACGCGGACACAAAAAAUCUUACGUUUUAUUUAAUUAUCGUAUAUUUGACAUCCGAAAGAAUCCGGAGAUCCGUACGGAACAGUGGCUCAAUCAGAUUUGGCGGGAAAAAGAGGAACUCCUUUUUAAAUACUAUACCGACAAACAGUCUGUGUUACAAACAUUACAAAAAUUCAAUAUUGUAACUCUGAGUUGGAUCAAAAUAAUAGCCAUUCACGGGUUUUAUCUAUCAUUUUGGUUGGCUUUCUAUGUAUUAUACAAAGCAACCAAAUAUUAUAUGUUUUGAUUAAUAUUUUGUGAAACCAAACUUAAACCAAAUCUAUUCUCUCAUUUAAUAUUCCUGUAAUUGAUUUAGUGAUUACACUGUAGGUAUUUAUCCCCUAAUUGUACUUAUUUUUGUUUAAUUGAUG